GAAAAAUUCGAAAGCAUAGUCGCAAAGAGGAAAUGCAAUUAGCAGAGAGAGAGAGGAAGAAGACGAUGGCGGAGGAUCCGGUUUCGAGCUUCUGCAACGCGUUGGCAGCUUUCUGCAACCACCUCCACUCCUCUUCCGAUGCUCUCAAACAAUCCAUUGAUCGCCGACCUAUUCCUCUCGAUUCCGCAUCGUCGACCUUCGUGCAAUGCCUGAAUCGCCGCGUAUCGACCGCGAGCGCCGACCUCGACAUGCUCGAUUCCAUGUCCUUCGGCACCGUCUCUUUCGAAGAGCUCCUAGGUCACUGCAACGAAUUGUACAAGAAGAACCACUCCGAUCUCUUUCAAAUCCAAGAUCGUCUCCAGAGCUACGGUUAUAGUGCUGUUUCGGAUAUUGAGGAGGAGGAUGAAGCUGAGGAUAUACAACAUCAAGAUCCGGAAGACAAAUUAGAUAGUCCGUCUUCUUUCUAUGGAUCACUCUCCGUCGCCGAUUCUAGCUUCAAAAGUUUAGAAGAAGAUGCUUUACUUGAUGAAUCUUUGAGUUUGAAAAACUUUGGGCUGUCAGAUACAUGUCUGGCCAUGUUAGCAUCUAAAGGUGAUUUGUCACCACAAGAACCUGAAAAAGUACAAGAAUUUAAGCAGCAACAUCAACAUGAUGCGGACACUGAAGGAAGUAACUUCUUAUCUGAUGAACAAGACAAGGAGAAUAUAAAGUCAGCUGAAGCUCCCAGACCCAUAUUAAAGAUAUUGAAAAGCGAAUUUGAAUGUCUUCCUGCCUACAUGAAGGGUCUAACAUCAUGGGAGGAUCUACUUGUAGCUGUUGGUAAGAUUAAUUCAAGCCUAAGCAAGAAGACCAAUGGAUGCAGCUACUUCCACCAAGAUGAAAUUCCUUCAUUUGAAUUAGGUCCUAAAACAAGAUCAUAUUUGCUGCUUCUAGUGCGGAUGAACCGAUUGGUUGUUGAGACGAUUGAUGGUUUACUAUCGUACAGAGUAUUGUAGAUACGAGACCCAUUGGAGAACUAUAUUUUUCAUCUCCUAGUUCACCUUUUCGUUGGCAUUCAUAUUCCAAGGAGAACGGACCCAGUACACGAACACAGCACAUAACUAAAUACACAUAAACAUAAUAGUGCCAUUGUUUGAAGUGUUUUGGCAUCUGGUAUUUUUUAAAAUUCUCUGCUCCAUUCCCUUUUAUUUGAGGCUGAGUAUGAUUGAUAUCCACAUAUUCCUUCUAUUUGUAACGGCAAAGAUUGAAUAAUCAUAUUGUUCUUUGUUAUUGACGAUAAUGUAAUGUGAUGCUUGAUCUCGUUGGAUAGAAUUUUUUUUAGCAAAUUA